CAGUAAGAAACGGAACCCGGAAGGAGACAAUCCUCCUUCAAGUUCUCCAGUAAGUGAAGUGUCAUUUGUUCAGCGACAGAGCGAUAAGAGUCUUCUUAAGUGAAAGGUUUCCACUGAUGUUGACUGGAUGUAGAAACCUUUCUGGGACAUCUUUUUCACUCGCCUAUAGAAGCCUUUGUACCAGGAGGAGCUUGACCUCACUAGCGCAUUUCUACCCUUCUAACUCAAAAGUUGUAUCCAUCCCUCCAUUGCUCCCUUCACUGAGUCACUGUCACAGCCUCUUGACAAGCCAGCCAGCCUCAGUCCCUCUUCACUCAUCUGUCCGCUUCUCUUGCAGCCACUGCGUCUCUCAUUCUGCUCACUGUUCUGCCCUGAUGGAGCUGAAAGAGCUCCUGCAGGUGUUAGAGCAGCUUGCUCCUCUGUCUCUGGCAGAGUCGUGGGACAAUGUUGGCCUGCUGGUUGAGCCCAGCAAAGCUCGGCCUAUUAAAACCGUCCUGCUAACCAACGACCUUACAGAUGCUGUCAUGGCGGAGGCAGAGGCCAUGAGCUGUGACCUCAUUAUCUCAUAUCACCCUCCGUUGUUUCGGCCAAUCAAGCGUCUGGUUCAGAAAGACUGGAAGCAGCGAUUGGCCAUUCGGGCUGUGGAGGCCGGGAUAGCGAUCUUCUCCCCUCACACUUCAUGGGAUAGUGUUAAAGGAGGAGUAAACGACUGGCUGGUCGGGGGACUUGGUAGCGGUCAGGUGUCUGUGCUGAGUCAGGCCCUCGGCGGCGCCUCCCACCGUCACAAACUGGAAUUCGCGGUCAAAAGUAGAGAGGAACUAAACGCUGUUGUGGAGGAACUGAAGGCUUGUGACAGAGGAACAACACUACAACAUUCAGUCAGCAGACCAGACAGCAGUGGGAUCCAUGUCAGUGUAACCUGCAAUGACUCAGCGCUGACCCCCAGUGUCCAGACACUGUUUCGACACAAUGCUCCAAGCCAGUCCCUCACCAUCCAGAAGUUUGAAAAGCCCCCUCUCCCAGGCCAUGGCCAAGGGCGACUUAGUGUUUUGGACCAGCCAGUAACCGUGGCAACAGCCAUUCAGAAACUGAAGUCCCACUUGGGUUUGAGUCACCUGCGUUUGGCUCUGGGACUGGGGCGGACACUAGAGUCCUCUGUGUGUUCUGUGGCCGUGUGUGCUGGAUCUGGGGCCUCAGUACUGAAUGGAGUCCAGGCGGACCUCUAUAUCACAGGUGAGAUGUCCCACCAUGAAGUGCUGGAUGCCGUUGCAAAGGGAACUAGCGUUCUCCUCAGUGACCACAGCAACAGCGAGCGGGGAUUUCUGACCGUGUUCAGGGAGAAGCUGGCUGUGCGUCUCCCUGAGAGUGUAACAGUGGUAGUGUCGAAGGCUGACAGAGAUCCUCUGGAGGUGGUCUGACCGACUUCGAGCUACAGUUGCACUAGUUGUCUGUUGGAUACAUUUUCACUGUUUUGACUGGAUAAAAUUGACGAUAUUACAAAAA